GUCUAGCUAGCAAAUCCAGCAUGACUGAUACAGCACGCUCUAGCUCAGUUAUUCAGGCUCCAGAUUCUUCCAGGAAUGUAUUUCAGGAAGCCUGAUAGCGGACACGACUCAAGCUAGGGUGCAGAGCAGGUUUACGUAGGAGAACUUCUGGCUGGGACGAGGACUCUGAAGGCGACGUGUCAUUUAUGUUGUCUACAACGAGCUCGCAGCCCUCUCAGUCAAUGUUACAUUACCGGGAGCAUUUUCCAGAACUUUUGUGACAAUGUUUGAGCAUUGAAGCUGAGGACAGUAUAGUCACCUGCAGGCAGUAUAGUUUUUUCCUAUCGUCGGUGAACACAGAACUCUUUUCUACGGGAAUGGACAACGCCGGCUUCCUCCCGCCAGAAAAUGUGGACAUUUUGCUGGAUGGAGAGACGCGGAAAGACCCAACCUGUCCUAAGACCGAACCGGAUAACAAUGCUGUUGAAGCUUCGAACGCCGAGUCCAAGAAGCGGAACCUAGAAGGCGAACCAGACGGCUGUGGCGAGCUGAAACGUGAAGCUGAUCUGGACGACGGUGCAAAGGCUAACGCGGACACAUCAGAAGCUCCAGGCUCCAAUGACAUCAUCGGUGUUGCCAAGAAAGAAUCAGCGAAGAGGCGCAGGUCACCAGCGGUGCUUCUGCAUCCGCAUUUGCGUGGCGUGCGACAGCGCUAUUGGGGAAAAUGGGCAUCGGAGAUUCGUGAUGGUCCAAGUAACGUUCGCUUCUGGCUCGGAACUUUCACGACGGUUGAGGAAGCGGCCUUUGCUUAUGACGUAGCUGCUCUAGCUAUUCGUGGAGCGAAAACUCGGCUGAACUUUGAAAGAAGUCGCAUGUACGCUUCGAACUUGGCUGACAUCAUGGAACGUUGCGGUGGGGUCGUCGGCCCGGUCCUUCGGUCUGCUCUUGCGAUGGAAACGGCGAGGCUUAUAGACGAAGGAGCUAUUGACAACAUCGACGCUGACUCUCCGGGAUAUGAAACCCCCAGGUCGAUCAAUGUCCCAGCAUCUGACGCUACCGCUGCAGGACCUGGUCACUUCGCACAGCGUAUUGACUUUCUGGCGGAAGCAGCGACAAGGCAACGACGGGCAGAAAAGGCUGCGAAUAUUUCACGGAUGGAGCUGACUCCGCCUGCACCCGAUAAGUCUAGCUCGGAAUCGGCAGUGCUCCCCAACAUCAAAGCUACGUCGAUGACCAUAGUUAAGGCCGAGUCAAAGGUGGCACAGAAGGCGCAAUACUAUAUUUAUCGUGAGUCAGACACUGAAAUUCCCGUGAGCGAGAUUGACGCUCUCUUUGCUUUACGUGACAGCAGAAAAGGCGUUGCUUGCAACUCACUUGACAAUGUGUCAGGUCCUCUGGGAUUUGACGACGAUCACUGGUGGCAACCAUCAAGGAGCGGCCCCGGAAACGGUCAGGGAAGUUUGAGAGCGACCGCCUUUUGCUUCCAAGAUGGUGGGGGUGGCAGUGCAUUUGGAGGAGGUGGCGGGAUGGAAGACUGGAGCUCGUACAUAGAAACGGAUUCUUUCAGUGGAGUACCCGUGACUACAGUCACAGAUUCGUUAACAGGCGAAGGCGAGAGUGCAAGUGCUGCAGAGCAGAAUGAUCCGGGAAAGAAGAAGCUUUGUCGUUCAGGAAGCUGUACAGACAUUGUGGACCAGUUCUUGGCCGACGGAGAAGGGUGUGAGGGCCCCACUGUGCCUCGGGGUAACCACCAUAACCUCUACUUCUCAGGAGGUGCUUCAAUUUGCAUGGCUGACUCGCGAGAGAACACCACUACCGUUGCUCUUACGGUCACUGCAGAAGGUACUGAUGCUGCUCCUUCUAGUACAAUUCCUCUUAAUGAUUCUUUUGACACAAGCAAAGCUCGUGCAGCCUGUGAUGCAGACGGGAUUAUUCCUGAACUGCAUGGGCUGGCGAAGUUUUUGGAGGCGACCCCCAUGUCUCCGCUCCAUCUUACUUCAGGCAGUCCUGCUUCAGCUGAGGAAAACCCCGAUUCUGCAGUGGCUCCACUCCACCUUCCCGCUUCAGCUCUCUCAGCACCGCUACCAACCCCAGCAGGUGCAGCAUCUGUUGAACGCCCAGCAGCAGCUGUGGAGGCAUGCUCCCGCCCGAUCGUAGCUGCAGAAGCACCUGCUCGCUUGCUCUCCUACCCCAGCCUUCCCCAUAUGGCCGCACCUCUCGUCCGGUCACAGCCGCUUCACCCUCUCGUCAGUGUCAGGCAGGCACAGGCGCUCAUGCUUCCAUCGCCUGCUGCUGCUGCUCCUCGCAGUGACCUGAGCGCGCGCCCACCUGCAUCCGCACCUGCUCUGCCUUUGCAGAAUUCGCUGAUACCAGCCACUGCUGCUGCUGGAGGGACUACUGCUGGCGGUAUCUCCGCCCCAUGCAGUGCUCCUUCCGUGGUUUCCCCAGUCCUAUUCCACUUGCAGCUGCUUCGCCCAACCAUGCCCUCAUCAAUUUCCGUUCCUGCACGUCCAGCUUCACUGCUUCCCCCCACGGUCGUUCCCUCUUCCCGCUUGCAGCUUCCCCCACCUCCUGCUGCUCCUGUGGGGUCACAUGGAACCUUCAGGACCUUGCCUCCUGCGUCCAGUGCCAGCAGUACAUGCCAGUGCUGUUGCCAUUGUCAGUUAAAGCAGCAGCAGAUGCUUGCACAGGGCACAGGCUUCUCGCAUCAGGGUGCAGUUUCUGGCAGCAGUGCGAACAAGGUCCAGACAUCCACCAAUGCCGACCUCCUGGCUAUCACUAGCAGCCAACCCCCAGCUACUGCACCUCCUGAAGAUUCUGGUUCUGCGCUGCUUCACCCAGGGGCUCCCCCAGGUAUCGCUGCUGCUGCUCCUCCUACCACUGCAGCUCUUCCAGCUACAGCUGCAGCAGCACCUGGAAGCCCUGCAGCGAACAAAAAGCACCUGCUGGUCAUGCCUAAGGUGGGAGUUGCGUGGAGUCUCAGGUCUUGUGACAAGCCACGGCAGCAGCAGCCUUUGGUUUCCACGGCUUGGAAGCAACCACAGCAGCAUCAACAGCCGAACGAGCCAAUGAGCCAUCAUCAACAGCAGCCACAGGAGCAGGCGCAACACCAGAUGCUACAGCUGCCACAGGGACAGCUGCAGCGGGCAAUGCAGCAGCUCAGGCCCCUACAGCAGCGACAGGCAUUACCUUUGCAGUUGACAGCAGGGCAGGCAGUUGAGGAACAGAAGCAGCAGCAGGAGGUGGUUGGUGGCGCAUCAGGUGCUGCCAUUCUGGGUGGCAGGCCCCUUCCCUUUCCACCUCCUCCUCCUCUGCUGCCAUCUCCCAUGCUUCCACGAGCUCAUGUUUCCUCUGGCCCCCCUGCCUCGCAUCACAGUCCCCACACUAAGAUUCUGACAGGACCACUACCGAAGCUCACCCCAUUUCUCCUGUCAGCUAUUGCCGACAGUAAGGCCAGUGCUUCUGCCGCGUCCCUAUUGCAGCACAGUCCCGGUGCUUUACCAGCGGUGGCAGGUGUGGCAGUGGAGCCGACAUCAUAUCAGCAAGUAACGGUUUCAGAGCUUCCCGCUCAUAUGGCUGCAUCCACAAUCCAUCUGACAGCUGCUGCAGCGGGCGUCCUUAGGCUGGAAGCAGCACCAGCAGGUCUGGCAUAUGCUGAGCUAGCACCAAAUUCAGAACCUCAGGAGGUGGCAGCACCCGCAGCCCUUCAGUGCACUACCGUACCAUCACACCUGCGCCAGGCUACUGCCAGCACUUCUUAGGCAGGGUGCAGCAUCGGACACAGGCAGGAGCAUCAUCACCACUCAAGCAGGCAGCAGCGCCACCACCGUUUGUCUACCAUCAGCGACACCAAUGCGGGCAGCAGCAUCAGCACCACUGAAGCAGGAAGCAGCAUCUACUUUGCUUCACGUGGAACAGCAUGGGCUCCUCUGACGAAGAAGCAUCUGCAUCUGGAGGCAUAGCAGCAGCACAAGCACCAUUCCAACAAUACAGUGAUUAUACCAGCAGUUUCAGCUCUAACAGCAGUCCAUCUGUAAAUCUACUAGCUCCAGUGUGAAGGAUAUUGACCACUCAGGGCCUCUCUCUUGCAGCACUAUUGUCAACAAUCUCUUUGACGACUGCGCUGGAGGAGAGCCAAGGGACGAUUUAUAGUAUGACCAAUGUAUGUAUCAUGUUCCAUGUGGACAGCUGAUGCAGCAGGACACAGGCUAGGGCACAGGCUAGUGGGAAUUAAGUUGUGCACAUGUCAAAUGAGUAAAUUAACAAUAUUUUG